ACAACUUCAAGAUAGGGAAGACGGGAGAAAGCGCGACAUCACAAGGAAGCUGGAGAGGCACUGGAGAUCCCAGGUUUCCUCUGGCGGCCCCUGCCCUCAGACAUGAACAAUCGCUCCAUCGCUUGGUGGCUGAGCCAGAUUGGCCUGCCUCAGUACACCAAGACCCUGGAGAGGGAAUAUUAUGGACUGGAGGGUUUGUUGAAUGUGAACGACAACGAGCUGAAGGAAGCCGGGAUCGAGGACGCCGCACACAGAGAAACCAUCCUCUGUCAGCUUUUACGGCACCAGCAGAAACUGGACCCCCGCUGCGGCGCGCAAAUGGAGCGCAGGGUGAGCCGGAAGUACUCUCUGGGAUCGUCAAUGGAUUUGGUGAAGCCAAGGAAGGAUCUGUUUCGCCAGAGCGUCCUGCCCCGCCUUCAUCGCGCCGACAAGAAACACCGCCUCUCCGCGUCCUGCUCACAGCUCCGCCCCCUGGAUGAGGAGCACGCUUCCGGCGCAGCGGACGGCUGUCGGGAGAGCAAGCGUAGCAAGAGGAGGAGUGUCACUGCAUACCUGAGCCAGCUGAAGGUGUUUGGCAGUCGCAAGGAAAUGGACUCCCUGAAGAAGGAGCUGGAGGAAGAGCUCAAGCUCAGCACAGAGGACCCCAGGAGCCACGCCUGGUUCCACGGGCCCCUGACCCGAGAGGGUGCUGAGGCUCUCUUUGAAAGAGACGGAGACUUCCUGGUCCGAGAUUCCAGCUCGUCGAAGGGUGAUUACGUCCUCAGCUGUUUCUGGAGGGACGAACCCAUGCACUUUAAGAUCAUACGUGUGGUCCUGCGACCCAAAGAGGGUUACUCUCGGGAGCUGUUCCAGUUCGAGGAGGAUCGCUUCGACAACGUCCCCGCUCUCAUCCGCUUCUACGUGGGUGGGCGGCUGCCUAUCUCUCAAGCAUCGGGCGCCAUCAUUUUCCACCCGCUAAACAGGACGACACCCCUACGCAUCAUCGCCGAGCGACAAGAGGCCGAGAGUAAAGUUGACGGCGGCCCCGCAGGAACCAAGUCCCAACUGGAGCGCAGGAAGCGUCUGAGCUUCAGCAGCACCCUGAGCGACAGCCUGAUGGUCAACCCUCUGCUGAGGAGUGGAAGUCAGCCCGCCAACAUGGAGGAUGUCGGAUGCAGGCCUUUGCUCCAGACGGCCCAGUCUGAUAGCAACCUGAGAACUGGUGCUCCUCAGAACACAAAGCCACAGGCCACAGGCCGCGCCCCUAUCUCCCCAGUGUUCCGCACAGGAAGUGAACCGCUGCUCAGCCCGAAGCCAUGGCAAACACGGCCCUGUUAUCCGGGCGGUGGCGUGACAUUGCGAGGCUCAGACGGGCAGCUUCACUCCAGAGCGCCACCGAAACCUCUCAGGAUCUCUGCCAUCUUCCCCAAAAACCUCCGUCCCCCUCCGCUGUCGGACCGGGACCAGGACCCGUCGGCUUUCUACGACGAGCUGGUUGUUCAGGUGCCUCAGUCUCGGCGGAAAGGUCACGUGGACCGACUCAAAGCGGAGGAGAAGUGGCAGGGCCGGGCGAGGAUCACAGAGACCUCGUUUGGCUUCCUGGAGGCCGACAACGAGGCCGCGUCACGUCUGCUCCCGGACAAGGACCGCUUUGAACCUCCACAGAUGGAGAGCAGCUCGUGCUUCCGGUUGGACCAGUUUGAGUCGCUGCUGUUGCCGGACAACAACCGACCGCUGGAGCCCAGCGUCCUGCUGGCCCUGAAAGAACUCUUCAACCGCUCGGACCCCAAAACCACCGCCCUGCACAUGCUCAGCGUGGACUGCCAGGUGGCACGUAUUGUGGGAGUGACGGACGAGCAGAAGAGGAUUAUGGGGGUGGCAUCGGGCCUGGAGCUCGUCACCCUGCCUCACGGGCGCCAGUUACGGCAAGACCUGCUGGAGAGGCAUCAUCUGAUAGCGCUGGGUGUGGCCGUGGACAUCCUGGGCUGCACCGGCACCGUGAGCCAGAGGGCGACCGUCUUGCACAAGUUCAUCCUGCUGGCCCGGGCCCUGAAAGACCACGCCCACAACCUGUACGCCUUCUCCGCCUUCAUGAAGGCUCUGGAGAUGCCUCAGGUGCUGCGGCUGGAGAUGACGUGGCGGGCGCUGAGGAGGAACCACACGGAGAGCGCCAUCUUGUUUGAGAAGACCCUCAAGCCCUUCAUGAAGUCGCUCGUCGAGCGGGACGACUCGGUGGUUGGAGGUCCCGUGGCCGUUCCUCACCUGGUUCCUCUGCUGAUGCUCAUGGAGGGCGAGGACCCCGUGGAGAACAGCGAGCGAGGCUGCGAGCUCCUCUACGACGUCCUCCAGAGCGCUCGCCGCACCGCGCUGCACGCCCGCGACCACCAGCAGCACGCACACACUCUGCUCACAGCAGGGUGGACGCCCAUCCCAGAGAUGCUGGAGGCGCUGGGCACCGAGUUCGCCCUGCGUCUCUUCUGGGGUCAGUCGGGGGCGCAGGCCGACAGGAAGGAGCGCUACGAGAAGUUCGACAAAAUUCUAUGCGUGCUCUCGGACAAACUGGAGCCCGUGGAGAUCAGCGCCAAGCAGCCCCAACAACUUUCCUGAUCCAAAAUGUGACGUAGAAGAAAAGCGAGCAGGUGUGGAUGCCAGCGCACACAAGAACAACACUGGAUUAUUAUUAUUAUUAUUACUACAUCUCCAUCUUUUGUUGCACUUCCAUUUGCUCCUCAAAGCACACCUUCUACCUCGUUUGCAAAGACCAACCAAUGAAAAACUUUUUUUUUCUUAAAAGCACGGUGGUCUAGUGGAUAAGACGUCUGCUUCGCAGUCAGAAGAUCUGGGUUCAAACGUACUCCCACAUUCCAAAAACAUGUUGUGUAAUAAUUGUAAAUAAUAAUUGUCCUGCUGAUGACAGUCUCGAGUGUCCGCUCUCUCCGCCCUCAGCUGGGAUAGGCUCCAGCUUUUAGGGAGGAGUUCGAACACUAUGCUAGAUGUGGACCACCUUGGCCCCCCCUUUUGGGAAUAAUACAACAACACUGACAUUUAUUGGUGCCGUUCACAUUUUUAAAUUAUUCUAAAUGACAUUCCCUGACCCCCCCCCCCCUCACUUUGUCCUCAAUAAAUGUUUGUGCUGC